ACCAUCGAUAUUCUCGAUAUCGAAGCGGCCAUUUUGGAGAUUGUCCACAAAAAAGUUAUGCAUCAAAAUUGAAAAAAGUUUAGUUUGAAAUUGAACUCAAAAUUAGCUUGUGCAUUAAGCAGUGCAUAAUUAAAUAUAAAAAGAAUGUUGGCCCGACGCAGUUCGCGCCUCCCGAUUUUGUAACAACAACGACAAGUUAGUGUGGCUAUCUUUCAAUCUCAACAACGCAGGCACACGCAUGCAUAUACACAUGCAUGUGUGUAUGUAUAGAUACAUAUGUACAACAUUCAAAGUGCUAAAAAUUCGAGCAAUUCUGGAAAGAGGAAUAUUUUUUCAAUGAAUCUGCGCUCCUGAACAAGUAAAAAUUUACUACUACCAGCAUUAGUAGAAGUAGAAGCAGCAGAACAGCCAUUACCUUCACAUGGAUCCCAAUUCCAGCCCCUGGUCAUAUGCGUACAACCGCAUCGUGCCGGCGAGUGCUGGCAGCACGGGCGGGACGGCCGAGGACUUCCAACACCCGCAUUUGGCGACAAUAACCGCGGCGAGCAUUGCUAGCUUCAAUGCCGCUGCGGCCAGUGGGGGAAGCUUUGUGCCACCAUCACCGAUCGGCAGCUACAAUCCAGUAUUCCAGCAGAUCUAUCACCAUGCGGCCGCGGCCAGUGUACAGCCGAAGCCCGCCCACUAUGCCUCCUCGGCGGCAAACACGCCACACCGCCAGCUGCAGCUCCCCAGCUCGCUGGACAAGCAGUUAAGCACAUUUCAAAAUCAGGCGGCCGUCUCCGCGGCAGCAGCAGCAGCCGUGGUAAACAAUGCUGCCUCAAACUAUUAUGGCGAGAACUCGUCGUCCAGCGGCGCCUCGCCAUCGCCGACGACCGUGGCCCUGACCUCAACGUCGCUGACCUGGAACACGCCCAACAUGAUAUCGAACACGUUCCUUGCCAUGCAGCAGCAGCAGGCGCAGCAACAGCAGCAGCAACAACAGCAGCAGGCGGCCCAGCAACAGCAGCAGCAGCAGCUGAACCUGGUGGCCGACAAAGUGCAGAUUAAGCAAGAAAACAGCCAACAACAAGCCAAGGCGCAAAUAAAGGCCUACAACGAUUUAAUAUACCUGACGCAGCUGCAACAACAGCAGCAUCAGCAGCAGCAACAGCAGCAGCAUCACCAGCAGCAGCAGCAACAGCAGCAUCAUCACCAUCUCCAGCAAGAUAUCGAACAGACAGAAACCUACUACACGCUGGAUGGGCAAAAGGUGAAGCUGACGCGUAAGGAGGCCCAACAUAUCCACAUGGAGCAACAGCAACAGCAGCAGAGUGCUAGUCCAGUGCCAGUGGCUGUGCCAGUAGGGGCCGCCAGUUCGGGGGGAUCCUAUCCGGCACAGUAUGCCAGUCCAGCUCAGAGCUCGGCGGACGGAUCCCCCAUCACGAAUUUAAACGCCGUGGACGUGGUCAGCACGCCGCAGGCUCAAGUGAUUGUUUACAAGACAGCGCCUCUAGUGCAGCGACGAUCGGUGGUGAAUGUGCCAGGCGCUGGUUCGUCUGCGCCACCGGCGACGCCCACAACGGUGGCCUAUUCAUCUGUGAUACAAAGUACGCUGCAGCAGCAACAGCAGCAGGAGCAGAGCCUCUGCUGGGAGAAGUUGGAAGAGGGAACAGGCGGCCAGGAGGACAUUAAAAAUGUGCUGCAGCUGCAAGUGAAACAGGAGCAGCAGCACCUAGACUAUGCCAGCGAGGCUGCGGCGGCAACAGCGGGAGGCGAUGCCGGCGAGAACCUGGUGUUCAAUUUGCCGCCAGGCCUGGAGAUUAAGCAAACCUUCUAUCCGUCCGGCGUGGUCGAUGGGGAGCACCUGCUGCACGAGCAGGCCCCUGGCCGGCGCCAACAUGUGGUGGCCAACAUGAUAAUGUCGCCAGCGAGCGGCAACAUAGCGUCACAGAUUCAAGUAGUGCCAAAGGAAGAGGUCAAGCCGCCGCCGAAGCCCGCGAAGACGCCGCGCAAGCGCCAGCCGAAGAAAACGCUGAUAGCGACCAGCAGCGACUACAGCAACGUGCGCAGUCCCCAGGAGCCGCAGCACCAUCAGCUCCAGCAGCAGCAGCAGCAGCACAGCCAGCAGCAACAACAGCAGCAACAGCAGAACACGUACUACGAAUUCAACAAGUGGAAUGCCCCGCUUAAGACGGAGAACAAUGCGGCCUCUGUGUCGCCGGCGGCCACCAUCAACAUACCCACAUAUCCCCAGCAGACGCAGCAGCAGCAACAGCAGCACCAAAGCCAGCAGCAGCAGCAGCACCUGCCGCAGCCGGCCCAUCUGCAGUCCUCGCAGGCACAAUCACAUCUCACCCAGCUGGCGCAAUAUUAUCCAGCCUUCCCCCAGCCCAUUGCCUCGCAGUACACGGCGUGCAUGCAGCAGCAGCAGCAACAGCAACAGCAGCAACAACAGCAGCAGCAGCAGCAAGCAUAUACGCAACAGCAGCAGCACCAACAGGCCUACACGCAGCAGCAGCAACAGCAGCAGCAGCAGCAACAGCACCAGAACCAGCAGCAGCAGGAGAAGAUCGAGGCUGCCCAGCAGGAGGACGAUGCUGCGGCAGCCGCUGCGGCGGCUGUUGCGGACGCAAGCAAUAAGGUGAUCGUGCCGAACAUUGAGGAGGAGCUGGACUUCCUCGCAGACGCCAGCAGUGCCCCCAAGCAGGGAUACGCCAACUCGUCGUCCAGCAAUGGCCGCGGCACCAACUCAUCCACGAACAACACCAACUUUGGCAUACGCAAUCCCAACAAGACCCCAUCGCCAGAGCCGUCACCCUGCCCGUCGAAUGGGCAUGGCCACCACCCAUCGGGUGGCCCGACCUCCAGCCCACCCGUCACGGGCCACGGCGCCUCGGUGCCGUAUAGACCAGUUCAAUCGCUCCCGAAGCCGGUCAGCGUGGGCACGCUGAUUGGCGAGAAGAAGACGCAGUUUAUGGACAGCUAUCUGAAGUUCUUGCAGGGCGAACGGGACGACGACCCGCCACCGGUGGUGAAGCCAUCGCGCAAGCUGAAUUAUCCGCGAGCGCCGUAUAAGCGUAAGGGCAAGGGCGGCCCAGGGGGCGGCAGCGAAGAGGCUUCUACGUCGCAGACAGCGGUUGGGGCUGGGGGUCCUGGGGACAACCAGACAGGACAGGAAGGACUCGCCGGACUAGUCGGCGACGACGGGCAUCGCAUCAAAAUACUCUCCCAGACCCAAAUACUGCCCAAGAAGCGGCCGCAUGCGCAAAUGGUGGCUGCGGCAGCAGCUGCCGAGUCCACGCCCUCCUCCGUCAUUCAGCAGCCUGCCGAUCAGACCUCCUUCCGGCCAUACGCCCAGCAGCAGCAGCAACAACAGCAGCAACAGCAGCAGUCGAUGGGUACACAGCAUUUCGUGCAGCAGCAUUGCGCCCAGUUGGGAGCGGGCGCUGGGGUCGGCGUAGUCGUUGGCGGCAGUCAAGACCCCUUGAAUGUGCCUGCGCGUCGCGAGCAAUGCUCCCGCAAGGCUAAGCAAAGCACUAUGCACGCUCUUCUGUUGAAUUCCACUGCCGCCGCAGGGGAGAACAGUGCCGUGGGCGAGCCGGAGGCCGAGUUCACCGACUCGGACACGGAUCCUGUCUGGACUCCACAAGAGGAUGAUAGCGAUGACGCCGGCAAGGGCUAUGGGAAGCGCAAGAUAGCGCGACGCUCCAAGGGGACGCCUCGCAAGAACACCUAUGAGAAUCCAUCCCAGAUGCAGCCACAACACCAGCAACAACAUCAGCAGCAACAGCAGCAGCACAACCAACAACUGCAGCAGAUGCAACAGGUGUCCCAGCAGCAGCAGCAGGUGCAGCAAAUGCCAGCCGCUGGUGAUGGCUACAAUCCACAGCAGGAUAUGUCCGGAGUGGGAGACGUGGGCUAUGGCAGUGCUGCAGCGGGUACGGCAGCCACAGCGGAGAACUUUAAAACGGGCGAUUUUAUCGUGCUGCGUUCGGAUCUUGUGAACGACUGGCCCACCAUUUGGCAGGUGGACUCCAAGUGCAUAUUGCAAAAAUAUGAGCCCUUCCGCCAGAACGGAAAGACCUUCUAUCGCAACAUGUCGAAGUAUGCCUCAUGGAAUCUCGAAACAAAAAAACUCUACCUCAAAGCACCAGUGCGCAUGCAGGUACAUUCCCACACAGAGACGAUUGUGGAGUUCAUGCGAUCCGAGCUGCUGGCCGACGACACCGAGCAGUUUAUCGAGAAGAUUAUGGAGGAUUAUUUGUCGUACAGGGAUAACUUUGAGAUCUACAUUCAGACCAUGAUCUCACAGGCGCUCGAUCCGAGUUUCUUCUCAGAAAUCACACGGGAAAAGGACGACUACUUCCUGGGCAGCGUGCGUGUUGUGGAUACCAUCAUGGAGAAUUGCAAACAUAAGCUGCUGGCCAUCACGCCGUGGACACGCAGCACCAUCCUGUCCAUUGAGACCUGGCCCAAAUGCCACGUCUUUUCCGAGUGGGAGCAAAACAAUCUGACUCAGAAAAACUGCGCCGGCUGCCGACAGCCGGGCAUCGCAGUGCGCUUCCUUCUAUUCGGGGAGCCCUACAAUCCCAACACCAUGCAAACCAUCCCUGUCGAUCCUCGUAUUGCCUACGAGAAGGACAUUGUUCUUUGUCGCAUUUGUGCCGCGCGUGCGGAUCUCUUCCACAAGAUUGCGCACGAGAAGUUUAAUCUGUUUAUCAACUGCUCGCAGCGUGUCACGGAGCAGCAGCAACAGUUCCCUGGGAAGACCUCCACCGAAAUAUUAAACGAUCUGCUGGCUGCGCAUAAUUGGAUCGAUGAGCUGUUCCGCAACAUGCGCAACUGCUGGGCGGAGGUGGAGAGCCUGGAGCGACAGAACCGCUUCCGGGAGUCGAUGCAGUAGAGUAGAGGCAGGCCAUUUCAUUACAGUCCAAGGUCUUGGCUGCAUAUCUGAGUGCUGGACAUUCGUCGCUGCAAUAAACUCAAUGAGUUGUUAGUUUGAUUAGAGAGUAGAUCAUAGCAUACGAGUAGAACCUGGUUUAACUUGACGAUUGGCAGUAACUGUAGGCCUUAUAAUUACGGAUAAUUAAAUUUUUUUUGUUAUUUUUAUAGAAUAAGCAUUCAAAAUGUAGCUACAUUUAGCUAUAGAUCCAUAGAUCCACGAUUACUAAUUUACAUACGAAUAUCAAAAGCCACCUUAGGUACACACCCUCUCAGUAAUUGGGCUACAACUUUUUACUUAUUAUUUUUUUCUGCAACUUAUGGAUGUUCUGAUGGAUGCUACGCAUGUAGCGAAUGUCCAACGAACCCCUUUCCUUUCCUUUCUUUUCAAUUUCAUUAUAAGAUUAUGUAAAUACGAGUAUAGUAUGUUUAGUAUGUAUAUCCUUUUUGUAUUAGCUAUACAAUGCAUAUAGCACAGAAAAGCCAUGCAGCCGUGCAGAUAAUUUAGUUGUCAUCCGUUUUGUUAGUGCAUUUCGUAUUUUUUCUUGAACUUGUUCUUAUUUAUUAAGACUCUUUAACCCUGCCCUGAAUAAAACGCAGAGUAAUAUCAUUUAUACGUACAUACACAUUAGCAUGUGGAAUUGUGGGUCACGUAACACGUAGCUGUUAAACCUUAAGCCAGCUGUAAAUGUAACCCCUCCUCCAUCUGACAUUUGACAGAAUCUCAAAAGGCGUAUAGUCACAGAUCAUGAUUCAUAAUUCGGUCUAAGAACUAAUCCAUUUGAAAGUCUAUAUAAUAACAUAUGUAAUUGUUUAUUUAAGAGCAUACAUACAUACAUAUAUACACACACACAAUAAUAACUAAUACUGUUAACA